AGAUAUUAAAUUAUUUUUUGAAAAUAAAAAUUAAUAUUUUUAAGAUGCCUUCUUCAAGAACAGCCAAAAAACCCAAACCAAUACAAAGAAAACUAGUAGAUUCAUUUCCGUCUUUAAAAGUUUCAAAAGUUAGUUCAAAACAAUUAAAAAAAACUAAUGAUAAUAUUAUUCAAAAAAAAAAUAUAUUGAAAAGUCAAAUACAAAGUAAUAAAGAAGUUACUAAUCUUUAUCCAUCUAAACAGGAUUUUUCUCCUUUAGUUGUAGAAAAAUCAAGUUGCGUAAAUAUAGAUGAACAAGAACAUAUUAAUAAGGCAUUAAAUACGUUUGAUUUAACAUAUAAAUAUGGACCUUUUGUAGGACUAUCUCGUUUAGAUCGCUGGAAUAGAGCUGUAAAAUUAGGUCUUUGCCCUCCUAUUGAAAUAAAGAGGUUACUAUAACUUUUUAAAUUCAAUAAUAUUAAAUAUUAUAAUGAUAUUUAUGAC